GUAUUUCGACGAAAUAAACAAUGAAUACAUGUAGAAGACGAUGUCGUACCAAUAUCGAAAUCAAGUAUAUAUUGGAACAGUGUUUCUAAUUCAUAAAGACUUUCUUGAAUACAUAAAAAAUGGAGAAAAUGAAAGUGUUUAAGGGAUGACAAAUCUCACCGGAAACGGAAAUAACACCAGUGGGGACAGAGUUAAAGAUUGCAUCAAUCAUGACGAUUUAAUUUUAAUCAUAUCAGCUGUGAUUUUGAUCUUUGGAGUUGUUGGAAAUAUUGUUACAUUUUUCAAAAUAGUGCUUAAUAAGAGUUUGCGUAGGCCAGUUCCGAUUUCAAUAGCAUGCCUCGCUGUUGCAGAUUUUUGGAGUUUAAGUUUGCAGUUUAUUCGGAUACCCCUAGCACAGUGUGACAACUUUCCUAACCUAAGCGUGAAACAGAAUCUUCUAAAUUGUACUCUAGCUGUUACCAAUUCUUCAGCCAUGCAUAUCAUUUUGAUGGCUGCCAUUCGUUACGGUCUAAUAGUUCAUCCAUUGCAGAUGAGAUGCCGUCUUACCUCUAGAAAAGUAAUCGUAUGUUCUUGUAUUUCUUGGGUCAUCAGCCUCGUUUUGGGAUUCAUCUACGGAAUUUACAACCGGAAGUACUACAGUCAGGAAGUAAAAGAGAAAACAGACGCUUUUGUUCAACUGUCAAUAGCCCUGUAUUUUCUGUUAGUUCCAAUAACGUUUUUCUUGAUUUUCUACAUCAUGGAAUUGCGGGCGAUGAAAAGGUCACUACAACUACGAAGAACAUUAAAAUCUAUCAAGUAUAUUUCAAGGAUGAUAACUGUGAUUUUAAUCCUCUAUGUCGUGUUUAUCUCCCCUUAUGUGAUAGCUGACAUAUUUCGUGUCUUGUAUUACAAUCGUAUAUUAGGUGUCAUAGAAAACAAUGAAAUUUAUGACAAUGUCAUACUUAGAAUUUAUUCUGUAGCACAGAUAAUAAUUCUCUUGAAUUACGCGGUUAAUCCUUUUAUUUAUUUCCUAUACCGUAGACUGCUCUUCCAGGUGAAAUCACUGUCCACUAGAAGCAAAAAAAUCAGGCGUCGUCAAAGAUAAAAGUUAUAGUAGUACAUCUGUCUGAAUAUAGUCUCCACUUUCACAGGAAGUACCAAGACUGAACUGAACCAUUUCCGUUUUUUUUUUUUUUUUUUUUUUUUUUUUAUUAAGGUUCAAUAAUACUUUGAUAAGAGAGAUUACAACAUGAAUGCCUAUAAUCCCUUUAUAAAUUCGAAUGUCUUUUUUGUCCAAUUUUGCCUGAUUGUGGUAAAUCAGAAGAUUUUAAGAAACAUUUCAUAUGAGUGAGCAAAGGUUUUUUUUUUUUUUAACUUUAAUUAAGACUGUAUUUGUUGUUGAAUCCUUCAAUUACAUAAUGUACAGGU